CACAGACACAGGAGGGACACAGAGGGGAGAGAUCACGAGCUACUGGCAGGGACACUGUUUUCUGACUUUACUUCCCAAUGAGUGCCAUCGACUUUGCCGCCAUGGAUUACAUGGAGAGCUUAAACUCCAGUGAUCCAAACUCAAACUGCUCCAAUGGUGACUGCAUUUUCCUGGAGUCCAUGUCAUGCUCCAGUACCAUAAAUAAGAGUGCCCUGCUGUACACCCUAGCCAUUGCCUACAUUUUCAUCUUUGUAAUGGGAAUUUUGGCCAAUUCAAUGGUUAUUUGGCUCAACCUCCAGGCCAAAACAACUGGCUAUGAGACUCAUUUGUACAUCUUUAACUUGGCUGUAGCUGAUCUAUUUGUCCUCCUUACACUGCCUGUGUGGGUCGUAUCCUUGGUUCAGCACAACCAGUGGCCAAUGGGUGAGAUGACCUGCAAAGUAACACAUUUGAUAUUUUCCAUCAACCUGUAUAGCAGCAUAUUCUUCCUCAUGUGCAUGAGCAUUGAUCGGUAUGUGUGUGUGUCACUACGUGGAGCUUCUGGUCAACGGCGGAGGAAGGUGAUACGUCAGUUGGUCUGUAUCAUAGUCUGGCUUGUGGCAUUUGCUGUCUCUCUCCCGGACACAUAUUACCUGAAAACUGUCUCUUCCCCUAGUACCAAUGAAACAUACUGCCGUUCCAUGUACCCAGAGGAUACCUUUAAAGAAUGGCUUCUGGGAAUGGAAAUUCUUUCCAUUGUGUUAGGAUUCAUUAUUCCUUUCCCAAUUAUAGCCAUCUUUUACUACCUAUUGGCCAGAACUCUCCACUGCUCAUCUUCGUCUUCUUCUGCUGGGGAUAAGGAGCGGAACAUAAGUGGAAAGCUGAUUGUCUCCUAUGUUGUAGUGUUCAUGAUUUGCUGGCUGCCAUAUCAUGGCAUGGUGUUGCUAGAUGUGUUCUCAUUCCUUCAGAUACUGCCAUUUAGCUGCCAGCUGGAUAAUUUUCUGUAUGCUGCCCUCCAUAUUACACAGUGCUUUUCCCUACUCCAUUGUUGUAUCAACCCAAUCUUGUAUAGUUUUAUCCACAGAAACUAUAGAUAUGAGAUCAUGAAAGCCUUUAUCUUCCGUUACUCCUCAAAGACUGGGCUUACCAAGUUGAUUGACUCUUCUAAGGUGUCCGAGGCAGAAUAUACAGCUGUGGACCAAAUUCCAAAGUGAAGGACCCCAAGUUUAGUAGUCGGCCUUCUCAUCCUAUCUAAUGCCUACUGCAAGCAUAGACUGGGGUAAUUUGGGACCAAUGCGGAUCAUAUUUAUUCCUGUCUUUUUCCGCAGGUGAGAGAGGAGCAACCAGAAAAAGAAUAGCUUCGCUCAAUGUUGGCACUUGAUCAUAUAUUGGUGACUAGAACAUCUCUAGCAAAAGGUAUUGAAGCACAAAUACUGGCUGCUGGCUGUUUCAUAGUAGGGAAUUCCCUUGUCUGUCUCCAAAGAAGUGGCAAUAAAAUAUCCUCUGAAAGGAACAGAUGCAACACAACAUAGCACUGAAACGUAUCUAUCUCAACCAUGUGUCUAUAAAAUGGCACUGCACAUUUCCUUGGUUUUAUGUGGAAAAUGGGAUAUGUAACUCAACACAGCAUAGUCUUUAUGCAAAAAAAAAAGAAUGGCAGCUUCACCAAAUGAAGAUAUGGCUAUCUCCAAGUAAAGGAGGUUAAGAAAACCAUAGCGGGUACUGAGUGUACCCUACAGCCAAACCUAUAAAUUGUGUUUGCCACUGCAUUUGUAUUAUAUGUAAUAUAAAUUACUUUCUUCAAAGCACAUAUAUAUUUUUCUAUAGCUUAUUGUAUUUAAAAGCCAUAUUAUUGGCAGUAUUCAUAUUUGAAAUUCAAAUAGUCAUAUCUAUAUAUCUAUAUAUGUUAUAUCUAUAUUUUGUGUCUAUGUGAUACAUUACAUUACCAUGUCAUUUGUAACUUGUUUUGUACAAUAAUAUUAUGUUUUUGCUAAUUUUGAAGAUCUUUGUUAGCUAUUAAAACUUUGAAAACUGUAUAUAAA